CACUGGAAAAUAUCAACAUAACACAGGGAGCAUUUAAGCUGGGCAUACAACUGCAAGGAGAAGGAGUGUCACGACGUAGAGUUUACACAUAACACAGGGAGCAUUUAAGCUGGGCAUACAACUGCAACGAGAAGGAUUGUCACGACGUACAGGUGAUCACCAAAUCCAAUAUGGCCUCAAGUUCGCCGGUCAUCUUCUCGGAUACGACACAUUUCGGUGUAGACAACACGACAGCGGAAGUGACGUCAUCAUUAAACAUCAGCGAUGAGGAGAAGAACCGUUAUCUAUCCCACCUUGACGACUCGAUGUUUCCCUUGAUGAUACCAGCCGUGAUAUAUCUGGCCAUCCUAAUGGUUCUGGGUAUUUUCGGAAAUAUUCUUGUGCUGAUCGUGUACAUCAAGAAAUUCAAACCAAGCCCGACCCGUGUGUUUGUUGUGUGUCUGGCUGUGUUUGACCUCAUGACAUGCGUCAUUUCAAUUCCAGGGGAGAUCCUGAGCAUGAGGUACAGUCAUACGUUCGACUACCCAACCGUGUGUAAAAUGAUACGAUUCAACAGCACAUUCUCCGUGGUGUCCUCAGGAUUGACGCUCAUAGCUGUUGCUAUAGACAGAUACAGGAAGAUCUGUCGGCCUUUGAACAAACAGAUCACCAUCAGAGUCGCGCGCAUCAUGGUAGGGAUCGCUGUGUCCGUAUCACUAGUCCUCACCAUCCCGACAGUUAUAGUCUACGGUAGGAAAACGGUUGAAACAGACAAAGAGGAAAUAACAGGCUUCGAGUGUUCCUUUGACGACGGGUGGCGCGGUACUCUGUUCCCCGUGGUCUAUAUAGGAGUCCUAUUUCUCAUGUUCGUCGGUUCUCUGAGUGUCCUGGUGGUUAUGUACAUCCUCAUUGGCAGGACUGUGUUUAAACACCGGAGAUUUAAAUUCCGCCCGGCAAAGGAUAAGAAACAUCACUCUUCGAAUUACACAACCGAGACGUCAUUUAAAGAUGGAACUGAGAAUGUGAUCGCCUUCAGUAACAUAUCGUCACCCACAGCUCCUUGCAAUGUUUCCAAUUCAGACAAUGGGACGCUUGGUCUUGACGGUUCGUCUGAGACAGGUUGUACAUGUCUGAAUGAUACCUCAGCACAACCAAAGACGCGUAAAGAAGAUAAAUCCUCGAAUAGUGUGAGAUCAAUAAGAAAUAAUGCUGCAAAACCAAACGAGAAAUCAAGGCCCAGAGCGUUGAAAACAACGCUUAUGUUGUUCAUCAUCACAGCGGUGUUCAUCAUCAGUUUCUUACCUCAUCUGAUCCUGUUGAUAACUCGAUUUAUCAAAUCCGACUUUCUGGACUCUUUACAAGGAGCAGGAUUCAUGUUGUAUAAUGUAUUCCUACGCUCAUUCUUCAUACAGAGUGCAGUUAACUGCAUUGUGUACAGUUUAUGCAAUGAAAGAUUCAGAAGUGAGUGGAGGAAACUACUCGUUUCUUGUUAUCGUUGAGGGAAAGCAGCUGAUAUGUAAGACACGAGAGGAAACUUUGGAACAUAAAUAGAACACUUUGUCAUGUGAUGGACGCACAACAAACAUGUUCAAUCAUCGGUUAAAUGUUUUGCUGUUCAUUCCAUGCGUUACGGAACGAUGACACUUGGAUGAAUAAAUCGUAACAAUUUGUUGAUAAUCACAACUUGACGGAUGGCUGCCGCUAUACAACGAUCAAUGAAGAGAGACGUGACUAAUUGUGACGUUAUACAUGUAUGAUAUAUGUAACACCGUCAAGAAGGAACAAGGACACGACUUCAGAACCUGCAAAGUUGUCUUCCCUGGACCACCUGAGACUGAGAGAUUGUCUGUACUAGAUGGGACCACGACAGUUACUUCUAUGCCUUGCCCAUAAAGCCCUAUGCUAUCUAUUUAAUUUAUCUGUUAUCACCUGCUACAUCCGCAGUUGACAUAUUAAUGACUUUUAAGGCAUGCAGCGGCCUGAUAUAAUCUUCAGUAAUCUCGACUACCAACAUGUGCAGUGAUGCUACAUGUAUCUCUAUAUUAUACAUAUAUCUCUAUAUUAUACAUACAUAUAUAUAUAUUACCCUUGGUGCACUUCGUUACAUAUAUCACAUGUAAAAUAAGCAUUGCUGAAACACAUGGACUACUAGUAACCAACUGUUCUUCAUAUGCUGAUAUUAACACAUGUUGCAGUGGGAUCGAAACGAUGACUGGAAGGAUAGGCUGUUUAGAUGUAUGUAUGUGGAAGACAGCACGGAUUGUAAAAUUGUACCACUAGUUUACCAUUAUAACAUCGUAACACCAGUUUACCCCGAAUCUGAUUCUAAUAAAUGUCAUUCAUUAUCAUGCCAACAUAUCAGAUUCAACUCAUGUCAGAACUCAACAGAUGUCACUGUAUUCCAAACAUCACUUUACACAUACACGUAGAAAAGGAUGUUUUGAUAUUUAGUAUCUCAAAUAACAUGUUUAUCACACCGAGAAACCGCAAUAAAUAUUCAAAAUCGAUAUCUUCAGGAUCACGAGUAGCACAGCUACAAGUAAAUUUGUAAACGUAAGGUCGAGUCUCCCACUCAUUGGUCGCUCGACCUAAUGUUUUCCAGUAACGACUCCUCGUAAAUGCAUUGAUCGUAUUGAUAGUGAUGAGAUGACUAUUUUAUGCACGGAUAAGUUGUUAUGGAUAAGUUGCAAAAGUUUCAGUCGAGUUAUAUACGUGCAUGUCAAUAUUUUACUGUAUUUUGCUGUUAAGGUGAUCUAAUUCUUGUGAUUUUCAAAUUGCAACAUUGUUAGACAUACUUAUGCUUCACAAUGAUAUCAGGAAAUAAAUAAAAUCUCACUCUCUUGUCUCUUGUUA